CUUAAACUCUUUACGCUCAAAACAUUUAAACGCAAAAACGCGUCAGAGUCACUUGGUGAAGGAAAUACUAGCGAGGUUAAUGAAACACCAAACAAGAAAAACAGCGAAUCAAAAGGUGUAGUCGUAACGAAAUCACCAAAACGGUUGAGGCAGGAUAAGCUGGGAACUUCCAUGACUCCUCUUGCCGCGAGAGUUCGACCGACGACUCUUGACGACUUUAUUGGACAAGAACAACUGAUUGGCACGCAAGGAAUAUUGCGUACGCUUAUGGAACAAGAUAAAAUUCCAUCGAUGAUCUUAUGGGCUCCAUGUGGAUGCGGAAAGACGACAUUGGCAAGAAUUAUUGCCAAGAUGACAAAAUCUAUAUUGAUUUCUCGAUUUGCCCAUAUUACGGGGGUUCAAGUCAAAGAAUAUUCGGGUGUUGCAAGUGGAGCUGCCGACAUGAAAAAAGCAUUUGAAGAAGCAAAGAACGAACAAAGGUUGACAGGCCGACGAACUAUUCUUUUCCUGGACGAAAUUCAUCGAUUCAACAAAGCACAGCAAGAUCUAUUCUUACCGUAUGUUGAAUCAGGAACAGUCACGCUGAUCGGCGCCACCACCGAGAACCCUUCAUUUAAAAUCAAUUCGGCACUCUUGAGCAGAUGCAAAGUGUUUACGUUGAAUAAAUUAUCUACAGAGGAAGUAAUUACUAUUCUCAAGAGGGCGAUAAGCGAGCUGUGUGGAAAUAAAGACGAGAAUGAAACGGAAGUUCAGGAGACUAAAGAUAUAAAAAAAGACGAAGCCGAAGGUGUUAAUGAUGAAGCGCUAGAAUUUCUCGCUGUGAUGAGUGAUGGAGACGCUCGUACCGCUCUCAAUGCCUUGGAGAUGGCCUGGCAUGGCUGUAGAGGGCGAAAAAUUACCAAAGAGGAUAUAAAGAACGUUUUGCAAAAAUCUCAUCUACAAUAUGAUAGAGAUGGAGAAGAACAUUACAACAUUAUCAGCGCUUUGCAUAAGAGUAUGAGAGGCAGUUUGUAUUGGUUGGGUCGAAUGUUAAUCGGAGGCGAAGAUCCAUUAUAUAUUGCUCGACGACUAGUGCGCUUUGCUUCAGAAGAUGUCGGGCUGGCUGAUAAUACUGCCUUGAACCUGGCUGUAGCCACAUAUCAAGCGUGUACAUUCAUAGGCAUGCCGGAAUGCGAAGUCAAUCUUGCGCAUUGCGUUGUUUAUCUGGCUGAAACUGUGAAGAGUGUUCGAGUUUAUCAAGCAUAUAAUAGGGUUAAACAUGCUGUGAACACAGAAUAUGCUUAUCCGGUCCCAUUGCACUUGAGGAAUGCACCCACAUCUUUGAUGAAGGAUCUCGGAUAUAGUAAAGGAUACAAGUAUAAUCCUAACUAUGAAGGCGAAGUCGAUCAGGACUACUUCCCUUCAGAAAUGGAAACGCGAGUAUUCCUUGACGAUGAUACUUCAAAGAAGGGCAAGCAAACCAGUACGAGUGGGAUGCAUGGGGGGAAAGUACAAUGA